AUUGUGAACGUGACCAUUUAAUGCGCCAAUAGAACGCCGCAUUACUAACGGUACUGAUUCUUAGUCCAAUCAUUGAGAAGCACACUUUGACGUGCGUUCACCACGCCUGUUUUGAGAAACAACAUGGCGGCACUGGGAGUGGAAGUUAAUGUGAGGAAUGAUGAUGGAGAAACAAAUACAGCUGUCAAAGUUCCCGAACGUGUGUUACUAAGGGAUCAGGCGAGGCUGGAGGAGGCAGAGCGCCGGAGAAACGUCAAGGAGAGCCAGACCGUGACGGAAGAAAAGAGCGAUUUCUUCACGUCCACCUUUAAAGCUGAGAAGACAGCAGUCGAGGAGAUGCUUUCCAGCUGUAACGAUAAUGAUAAUGGCAAAGCCGCAAAAACACUGGAAGAGGCCACUUUGAAAAUUCAACAGCUCCUGAAGUCUCUCAAUGACAGCAUGAUGUUUCUAACCCAGUAUGAAAUAAGACAGGCGCAAGCAUCCCUGCAGAAUCUCCAGAGCGCUCUUGCUGAGAAAAGAGAUGAGGUGUUGCCUAAAAAGAAAUUCGCCUUUAGAUCCAGGAACACUGGAGCAAGUAAGCAGCCUGCACCGAUUCAACAAACAUCUGAUGCGGCUGGUACUGUAGUGGUGGAUGCUGCUGUCUCUGUAGACCAGUGUGGAUUCUCUAAUGCCGACAAUCAAGUCUUAAUCAAGCAAGCUGAAGAGAUCCAGCAACGAGAUGUUCUGUUAUCUCAUCUGACAAACUGUAAAGUCAGGCUUUAUGGCUGUCCGAGCACUGUGCACAUCAAGAACGUCCGCGGCUGCGAGAUCCUCUGCGGGCCAGUGUCCAGCUCUGUUUUUGUAGACCAGUGCACUGACAGCACUUUAGUAUUCCCCUGUCAGCAGCUGCGCACCCAUAACACCACUGCCACUCAGAUAUAUCUGCAUGUGACCAGCCGGGCAAUUAUAGAGGACUGUCAUGGGGUCCGGUUUGCCCCAUUCACAUGGACUUAUCCAGGGAUUCAUGAUCAUUUCAAAGUGGCUGGACUUGAUCCAAACAGGAAUAAUUGGACAGAGGUGGAUGAUUUCAAUUGGCUUGCUGCUGGCACACCCUCACCCAACUGGACUGUCAUUCCUGAGACUGAGAGAAUAUGUAGUUGGGAUAUUGUGGAACAAGCAUCCUAACAGUAAUGAUCUGAUUGCAUUAUUGUGUGCUCAGUCAAUAUGACGCUAAAAUUGAGAUCCCAUAAACAUAGAAGGUUCUAGAAUUCCUACUGGCAAAUUAAUUGAUUUGAUUAAUAAUUAAUAAUAAAUAGA